AUGGAGAUUAUCGCUUUCUCUUCUCAACCUUUCCUCAUAGCCUCCUCCGUCACUCUGCUGUCGCUCUUGCUGACUGUCCUCUCUCUUCUCCGAUUGAAAACGCCGAGCAAAUUGCGCCCUCCUUCGGUAUCGUCCUCGUCGUCGAUGCCCUGCGGUUCUGGCUGUUCCGGUGACGGAACCGUCGGAAAUACGGACUCUGCCACUUCUAGAGGGUGCGUAAACGGUGGUGGUGAAGCGACGGGGGAAAUGGUGGUGGCCGCUAGCGAGAAAGCGGCGGUGGAGAGGCAGUGUGGGGCGUCAAUGAUGGAGCAGCUGGUUCCAGAGAUCACGACGCACGCUCUGAGUUAUUUGGAUUACCCGAGUCUGUGUAGGUUGUCCAUGACUAAUUCGUUGAUGCGUAAGGCUGCAAAUGACGAUAAUGCUUGGAAAGCUCUUUAUCACAAGGAUUUUACAGUGGAACAAGAUAGUGUCACACCUGUUAAUGGUUGGAAAGCAUACUACGCAGCUACAAGAGCCAUUGUCAAUCUGAAUGCAGAGUUCUUCAGCAUCAUCAGAGAAAGGUCUCUCCAAGAUAUGAGUCUUUUCUGGCUUAAUGCAGAUUAUGUGAAGUGCAUUCAUGCAUCAGGAAAACUUUUCUCGGGGUACAAUGCUGUGAUACAGAGCUGGCAGCUUGCAUUCAACUGGGAGCAAGGAGUCGACUUUCAGGUACGAGACGUGCGGGUUCGGGUCCUGACCGACAUGGCCUGGGUCACAAUGAACACCUAUGUUGAGAUGGAGACCGGGCCGUUCCAUGUGACGAAUGUGUUUGAGUUCCACAACGGGAGGUGGUACCUGGUGCAUCAUCACAGCUCAGUGGACCGGCAGAUUAUGCAUCCGUAA